AUGAAUCAGCGACUGAUCAUUCAAGUUUUUGAGCAGUAUCAGAAAUCAAGGAUGCAAUUUGUGCAAACAGUUGCUGAUCUGGCAGCCAGACCGCAAAACAUAGAAAUCCUCCAAAAUGCUGGUGUGAUGUCCAUGCUGCAUCCCCUAAUGUUGGAUGUGGUUCCCAGCAUCAAGCAAACAGCAGCUUUGGCUCUGGGCCGCCUGGCAGACCACAGUGAUGACCUGGCUGAGGCUGUGGUGAAGGAAGACAUCCUGCCCCAGCUGGUCCAAUCUCUGGCCUCACAGAACAGGUUCUAUAAGAAAUCAGCAGCGUUUGUGCUGCGUGCAGUAGCCAAACACUCCCCUGGGCUGUCCCAAGCUGUGGUGGCCAGUGGGGGGGUGGAUGCCCUGAUUCUCUGCCUAGAGGAGUUUGACCCCGGGGUGAAGGAGGCCUCAGCCUGGGCACUGGGCCACAUCGCACGACACAACGCAUUUUUGUCGCAAUCUGUUGUGGAUGCGGGCGCUGUCCCCCUGCUGGUGUUGUGUCUUCGGGAGCCUGAGAUGGCCCUCAAACGCAUCGCAGCCUCCACCCUCAGUGACAUCUCCAAACACACACCAGAGCUGGCCCAGACUGUCGUGGACACUGGUGCCAUCGCACACCUGGUACAGAUGAUCCUGAACCCAGAUGCAAAACUCAAGAGGCAGGUGUUCUCAGCCCUCAGCCAGAUCAGUAAGCACUCGGUCAGCCUGGCAGAGAUGGUGAUAGAGGCUGAAAUCUUCCCUGCAGCAGUGGCCUGCCUCAGAGAUCCAGAUGAGUAUGUCAGGAAGAAUGUCACUACUCUGAUGAGGGAGGUGGUGAAACACACACCGGAGCUGUCCCAGGUGAUUGUGAACUGUGGUGGCAUGGCAGCAGUGGUCGAUUAUCUGGGUGACAGCCAUGGAAACCUGCGGCUGCCAGGGAUCAUGAUGCUGGGAUAUGUGGCAGCUCACAGUGAGAACCUUGCCAUGGCUGUUAUUCUCUCCAAGGGGGUGCCCCAGCUGGCCCUGUGCCUGUCUGAAGAAGCUGAACAUCACAUCAAGGCAGCCACAGCGUGGUCCAUUGGCCAGAUUGGCCAUCACACGCCUGAGCACGCCAAAGCCGUGGCCACAGUUAACCUGCUACCCAAACUGCUGCAACUCUACGUGGAUACCAGCAGUUCAGAGGACCUGCAGGUUAAAAGUAAGAAGGCUCUGAAGAGCAUUCUGCAGAAGUGCACCUACCUCCCAGCUCUAGAGCCCCUCCUCUACGAUGCUCCGAGCAACAUCCUCAAACAUGUUGUGUGCCAGUUCAGCAAGGUGCUGCCACAUGACAGUAAGGCUCGUCGUUUGUUUGUGACCAGUGGGGGUCUGAAGAAGGUGCAAGAGAUUGAGGCUGAGCCUGGCUCUCCUCUAAAGGAGUACAUCAAUGCUAUCAACAGCUGUUUCCCUGAAGAUAUAGUGAGGUACUAUUCCCCUGGCUACUCGGAAGUCUUGUUGGAGAGGUUAGAAAACUAUCAGCCAGCCUGA